AUGAGCCACUGCAGUGACCUGCCAGGGGUUGUGCCGGAGCACCCAUGCCAACCAGCACCCACUGGCAAGACCCUGCCCAACAGCAGCGGCCAACCUGGCAGCUGCCUUCAGUAUGUCAUGCAGGUGUCAGCCAAAGAUGGGAAGCUGCUCUCCUCCAUCGUGCGAACAUUAGCCACGCAGAGCAGCACCUUCAGUGACCGACCAAUGUGCAGGAUCUGCCACGAGGGCAACGGCCAGGAAAACCUGCUCUCUCCCUGCCAGUGUAUGGGGACACUUGGGGCUAUUCACCGCAGCUGCCUGGAGCGCUGGCUGUCCUCUUCAAACACCAACUGCUGUGAGCUCUGCCACUUCAGGUUUGCAGUGGAGCGUAAACCCAAGCCAUUGCUGGAGUGGUUGAGGAGCCCAGGGCCACAGCAUGAGAAACGGACUCUCUUUGGCGACAUGGUGUGCUUCUUGUUUAUCACUCCACUGGCGACCAUCUCUGGUUGGUUGUGUCUGCGAGGAGCAGUGGACCAUCUGCACUUUAGCAGUAGGCUUGAAGCAGUUGGCCUCAUUGCACUCACUGUCGCGCUCUUCACUAUUUACCUCUUUUGGACCCUAGUGUCCUUCAGGUAUCACUGUAGAUUAUACAGUGAGUGGCGUCGGACCAAUCAGCAAGUGAUACUCCUAAUUCCAAAGUCUGCCAGUGUCCCCUCCAACCACCAGUCCCUGCUGGGCCUGCAGUCCCUCAAAACGAACUUGAAAGAGACAAUCAUUUAA